GGAUAUAUAGGACGAGUUUGCAAAGCAGCUGGUUCCUUGGGCGCCCUUGAGCAUUUCCUUUCCUUGAGGGCCAAGGUAGGUGCAUGUGGUCUGUCAUGCCCAAGUAUGAGAGCGUGGUUAGUGCGGGGGUAACCGGCUUGGGCACAUGCACCACCCAAGGAAUUUGCGGUCCAGUAGUGGUAAGAAUGCCUCAUCAUGAGGUUAUUUCUGCAGAGAAAAUGGUAUACCAAGGAUUCCUCGAGGCAAGGAAAAGAAAAGCGAAUACUUUGUGGAGAAGAAUUGUGAUUAUGCCAAGACUGGACCCCGGUCUUUCCGAUUUCGGCCGUAAUGAGUGAGCGGAAAUCCGACCCAAAAAUGUUUGACGCCAAGAUGGUUGCAUUCCACUUGAAAAGCUGCCAACGGACAUGGCUUCUCAAGACACUGGCCCCCCCAUGCACAAGGCCGGGACCUUCUCGACCGUCAUCGACG